AUGGCUGACACCCGACGGCAUCUUGAAAGAUUGCUCGCAGCGCACUCGUACAAUCACACCCGUCUACAGUCAUUCAAGUGCAGCUCGUUACGGUCGCAUGUGCUCCCUCUGUUGCUCGUCAUCGUUUUUCUCUCCUCGCUCUCGCCGAGCCUGGAAGCCGAAGCUGCUGGUUCGGUUCGGCAGGUGGUGAAGCUCGGGUUCCUGCUGCCGUAUCCUAAAGCCGACCACGUCAUUCCCCUGCGCCUCGCAGACGAGUGGUACGCGCCUCGUUCAAGGAUCGCGGCGUCACGAGUGGCUCUGGAGGUGCUAGGACCCAAAUACUCGAACGCCUUUGAUGUGGUGCCGCACAUUGCCCCACCCACCGCUAACCACUCCCUUUCUCUCCCCUCCUCCCAUUCUCUCAACGCCCUCGUUCAGGAUCGCAGCGAUAGCAGCAUCAAGGGUCGCUCUGGAGGUGCUAGGGCCCCCGAAUACUCGGACGCCUUUGAUGUGGUGCCGCAUAUUGCUCUGCCUACUGCCAACACUCUCUAUCCCUCUCACUCCUAUCACCCCACCUGUUCAGGAUUGCAGCAUCAAGAGUGGCUCUGGAGGAUUGCAGCAUCAAGAGUGGCUCUGGAGGUGCUAGCCCCCAAAUACUCGGACGCCUUUGAUGUGGUGCCGCACAUUGCCAACUCCAACUGCGACCGACAGGAGGCCAAGGAGGCUGCGCAGCUCCUAUUAAGGGACGGGGUGGUGGGAGUGGUGGGCCCAGCAUGCACAGAGGCAGCGCUGGGAGCAGCAGACGUGCUUGUACCUGCUGGCGUUCCCAUCGUGUCGUUUGCUGCCACGUGGGAUGGGUUCAGAGACCGGGAGAGAUUCGGCAGCUUCUUUCGCACUGUCUUCGGCGACAGGCACCAAGCAGCGGCCAUGCGCUCCCUGCUGCAGGAGUUUGUGUUUGAGCGAGUAAUCCUGUUCUUCACAGAGGACACAUAUGGGUCAGCGCUAGGUUAUGAUAUCGAGUAUUUCGCGCGCAGUGACAAUCUGGCAGUACACAGCAUUCCCGUGCCAGUGCCCUGCUCCAACUACUCCUCGCUCUUCCUCAACCUCUCCGAUCCAAGCCCCUCCAAGCCGCUCAUUCAAGCCGGUGACUCCACAGUGGUGGUCCUCGCCGUCUCGCCCAAUGCAGCCGGGGGCAUCUGGAGGGCUGCAUUAGACCUGCCGCUCAUUCAAGCUGAUGACUCGGAUGAGCGGCUUGGAGGGGCGUGGGGGUGCUUGAAGGCCACCACAAUAGUGGUCCUCGCUCCUCGCGGUCUCACCCAAUGCAGCCGAGGGCAUCUGGCGUGCGGCUCUCGGCCUGGUGAGGGAUAUCCCCUUCAAAUCUGGUCUCUCCAAUACCCUCCACACCCCUCCACGCCCCUCCUCGCCCCUCCACGCCCCUCCCCGCCCCUCCCCGCCCCUCCACGCCCCUCAACGCCCCUCAACGCCCCUCACUCAUUCACCAGGUUCCCCAUUCUUCCUUCCCCCCCCUUGCGGAAACCACCAGGGUCGGUUGGAAUAUCCGUGGUGGUAUUUCGGCACGGAUGGAGCAGUGGCAUUCGACCUUGGUGGGAAGGUCAGAAUCUGUCAGCGCUGACGUCAGCACUGCAAGGGGAGAUGGGGGUCGCUCCUUACAAGGGAGACUACUCGGACUCCUCCCCCAUAUGGGAGUACAUAAUGCACUGGCGCACCAAGCGCCAUGACAUCUACCCUGGAUUGCUCACUCUGGACGUCGGGCCUUCCCUCCCCCGAUUCAACACCACCCGCCAAUACGUGCCCUACCUGUUCGACGCCAUUCACGCCUUCUUCGAGGCUUUCAGCAGCAUUAUCGCCAACCAGAAUGCAGCACCCACUAAGGAGCUUGUGCUGGCGUGCUUUAAAGGCGUGCUGCGUGGAUGCAUCAACUUCACGGGAACAACAGGGCAGGUCUCAUUCAACCCAGCUACAGGCGAGCGAUUGAAAUCUGUAGCCCCACCGACCUACAGCAUUGCCCUUCCUCCCACCAUCCCCAUCCACCCCUUCACCACAACCAGCUACAGGCGAGCGAUUGAAAUCUGUAGCCCCGACCGACCGCAUUGUGGUUUUGAGACGUCUCAGUUGUCCUCCCACCGUCCCCAUCCACCCCUUCACCACAACCAGGUCUCAUUCAACCCAGCUACAGGCGAGCGAUUGAAAUCUGUAGCCCCACCGACCUACAGCAUUGCCCUUCCUCCCACCAUCCCCAUCCACCCCUUCACCACAACCAGCUACAGGCGAGCGAUUGAAAUCUGUAGCCCCGACCGACCGCAUUGUCGUUUUGAGACGUCUCAGUUGUCCUCCCACCGUCCCCAUCCACCCCUUCACCACAACCAGGUCUCAUUCACCCCAGCUACAGCCGAGCGAUUGAAAUCUGUAGCCCCGACCGACCGCAUUGUGGUUUUGAGACGUAUCCUUCAACCCGGCUACAGGCGAGCGGCUCAAGACAGUGACCCCACCGACCUACAGCAUUGUGAAUCUGGAGGGCGUGACAUGGCAGGAAAAGGCACGAUGGGAGGAGCGACACGUGGAGCGGUUCACUCUCUUCAUCCUCCUCCCUCCCAUGACCAGGUAUCCUUCAACCCGGCUACAGGCGAGCGCUUGAAAUCUGUAGCCCCACCGACCUACAGCAUUGUAAAUCUGGAGGGCGUGACGUGGAAGCAGAAGGCCCGCUGGGAGGAGCGGCACGUGGAGCGGUUCACUCUCGACCUCUCCCAGAUCUCCCGCCCAGGUCCUUUGCCCGGUGCUGCUGGUGCUGGUGCUGGUGCUGGUGGUGGCAGUGGUGGUGGGACCAGUGGUGGUGCUGGCAAUGGCAGUGCAGCAGGGGUGAAGGAGGCAGGUGACUACUCAGCCCCUGCUGUGUUUGAUGCCUUGAAUCAGGUCAGUGGGGAGAUCGGGGACUUUGGCUUUAAGGGACGAGAGGUGGGGGGAGAGGAGUAUGUGAGGAGGUAUAAUGGAGAUGGGGAGUGGAUAGACUUUCCAGCGCAUUCUGGAUGUCGGCGGCGCCACACGAGGGGAGCUGUCUUCAUGCGCGGCUAG